AUGGGUGAUGGGGCCGGUAUGGAGGCAACUGCUGUGGACUCCGAGCACGAGGAGCAGGAGGAAGACGAGGAGGAAGACGAGCAGCAGGAAGAGGAGCAACAGGAAGAGGAAGAGGAGGAAGAGCCAGCGGCUCUUCGCAAGAAGCUUUCGAGCUUGUUUGACCAGGUGUCCAAGCUCGAGGCAACGCUGGCCGAGAAGGAGACGCCCCCGGCAUCGAAAUCCGUGGCCAGAGCUGGUGCCGGGAAGGAGACGCCCCCGCCCUCGAAAUCCAUGGCCAGAGCUGCUACCCCAUCCCCGGGUUCCGAUGCCACAACCCUGCAGAUGAGUCCCUUGUCCUCUUCCGAGGUUCCGAGUGUGGUGACCCCGGCUGGCCACCACAGAUCAGGCCUCACAGGGCCGACUCCGAGUGACAAGGGGCCGAACAGACGCCAGCGCAGGACUGCAGAGCAAAGGCUUUCGAAGGCACAGAGCCAGAGCCCGGCUAAGCCCAAGGAUGCCAUGGAUGAGCAGAUCAGGGCGAUGCAGGAGAAAAUGCAGGAGCAGGCCGCCCAGAUCGAAGCUUGCAAGCUUGCGCGGAAGAAGGCAGAGGAGGCAGCCACAAAGGUGGACCCGAGGGAGGAGAUGCUGAUGGAGAUGAAAAAGAAAAUGGAGGAGCAGGAGGCUCUGAUCCAGAGCCUAAAGGCCCCGCCGGUUCCCGCCCAAGCUGCGGAUCCCUCCUCGGACCAAGCCGACAUCGUCAUGCCGGACGGGGCCAAGGUGCAGUCGACUACGAUUCCAUCCACAGUCAUCAGCAGAGAUGCCCUUCGUAUGCGCCUCAAACGUCUCUGCGAGACGAAAAAGUCGGGCAAGAAGUGGGUGUCCGAUGAAGUGGCUGCAGACUACGCAGCGGGCGGUGAGAAGCGAGAGACUCUUGAGAUCUCUUUGUUGGAGGUCCUUCGGGACCUUCCUGGGGACGCCAAGCCCGACCGGAUGCGAGCUGCCUUCACAAGCAAGGUUGUGCAUGUGAAGGAGAGGCUCUUGGCUCGAGAGCAAGAGGUCACUGGCGAGUGGCUCACAGAGGAGCGCAUGAAGAACAAGCAUGG